AUGGAGUCACAACUCGCCAACCUUCACCUGGACGGCGGCUCCACCGCUGACCUCAAGCAAGCUUCGAGACCAUCGCACGCCCAGGCGCCGAACGGCAACCGACUCGUCCAUGCCACCAACUCGUCUCUCCGACCGCUAGCACCCUCGAGCAGCAUUGCGACCAACAUGGGCAUGAACAUGGGCGUCAACAUGCAGCACUUCAACCGUCUCGCACCCACUUCCCAACCGCCCGUGCACGGUAACAUCAAGAGUCGACCGCCAAGCGUUGCUGGUGGCCCCAGUGCUGCUGGACCAUCCUUCCGUCCUGCUGCUCCCGCCUCCAAACCUGCAUCAGGUGGAUCCGUCGAUCUGGGCCGCUACGACGGCGGUCUCGAGCGGGACGAAGCCCGCGGCCGUCGCGGCACGAUGACCUUCGACCCCCUCACCCUCUCCUCCUCCGACCCGAACAAGGCCCAUCCACCAACGCGCAUCUGGUCUCUGGCCGACUUUGAAAUGGGUCGUCCGCUCGGCAAGGGCAAGUUCGGCCGCGUCUACAUGGUCCGCACCCACUCCGGUCCCAACAAGGGCUACAUUAUCGCGCUCAAGUGCAUGUACAAGAACGAGCUGGUGGAGAACAAGGUGGAGAAGCAGCUGCGGAGGGAGAUCGAGAUCCAGAUGAAUCUCAGGCAUCCCCACAUCCUCAGACUACACGGCUACUUUCACGAUGAGGGAAGGGUGUUCUUGAUGCUGGAAUUUGCAGGGAGGGGAGAGCUGUACAAGUUGAUGAACAAGUUGCCGGAUCGACGCUUUGAGGAGAAGGUGGCUGCUACCUACAUCGCCCAGAUGGCAGAUGCGCUAUCAUACCUGCACAGCAAGCACGUCAUCCAUCGCGACAUCAAACCGGAAAACCUGCUGCUCGGCAUCAAAGGCGAUCUCAAGAUCGGCGACUUUGGUUGGAGCGUCCACGCCCCAGGAAAUCGCCGCCAGACGCUGUGCGGAACGCUCGACUACCUGCCCCCCGAGAUGGUCAACGGCGAACAGCACGACAAGGCCGUCGACCUGUGGGCCCUCGGUGUGCUCUGCUUCGAGUUCCUCGAGGGUGUACCGCCGUUCGAGGAGCUCGAGAACGCUCCUGCAGGGACCUACAAGAGGAUCAACAAUAUCGACUUCAAGAUCCCGAGGCACUUCAGUCCUGAGGCGGGCGACCUCGUUCGUGCCCUGCUCAAGAAGAAGCCAGACGACCGACUGCCCUUGACAAAAGUCCUGCGUCAUCCGUGGAUCAUGAAGUACGACCCGGACGCAUGCCGUCGUGCCUCUCGUGGCAAGAUCCAGUAG